UUUAGUUGAAUUAUUUCUGAAACAUUUCAUAUGAAAUGAUUUAGAAGAUCUUUCAGUUCAGUUGUUUCUGAAAUCUUUCACAUGUAAUAAAUUGAAAAACUUUCAGUUGAAUUAUUUCUGAAACAUUUCAUAUGAAAUAAUUUAGAAAAUCUUUCAGUUCAGUUGUUUCUGAAAUCUUUCACAUGCAAUUAAUUUAAAAACUUUCAAUUGAAUUAUUUCUGAAACAUUUCAUAUGAAAUAAUUUGCAGAUCUUUAAAUUCAGUUGAGCUGUUUAUGAAAUAUUUCAUGAAAUACAUUUAUAAAUUUUUAGUUGAAUUAAUUGUAAUAUCUCUGAAACGUUUAAUAAGAUCGAAAUAUUGCAAAUCUUUCGAUUGAGCUAUAACACCUUUCACAAGCAAUACAUUUAGAAACAACAUUAUAUUUUGUUGAUUAUUUUGCGUUCAAUCUUUUAUAAAUAAGACAUUUUUAUAAAUUCAAAAAUAUUUUUUAAAAAAAGAACAUGCAUGAUUUUUUAUUAUUACCUUAAUAUAGCUGAUAAUGUGUACGUAUUGAAAAAUAUACUGGAAAGAUUUUAAUAACAUUGAAAAAUAAACAAUUAAUUAUUAUUCGAUUUAAUUAAUGUAUGGUUUCAGAUUUUGUAUAUGUAACAUAAUUGAUUUCUUUAAAUCUAAAUUGAUAAUACGGUACUGGUUUUGAAAGAAAUUAAUAUAAAUCUAACGGAAGCGAACACACACAAUUGGUGUUUAAUACAAAGAUAAUUGAUUUAGAUUGCAAUUGUAAUUUUGCGCCGUCUUUAAUAUACGCCUUUGUAUGCACGCUUGUGCAUACGGUUCUGAUGGCCUGGCUAUGAAAAGAAAACGCGCGAAUUUUUAUGGUUGGUUGCAAACUGUUGCGAUGCGCGAUAUGCGAUGAUCCCAAGCGUUCAGAUUUUCUUGACAACUGAAAAUCGUCGCGCGUCACGUGUCGCGAGUCGCAGCAUCGUGCAGUCGUGUAGAUCGCACUGGUCUGCAAGGUUCGACAACUGUAGCUCCAUGUGAUUAUGUGAUACAAUCGCAAGGAAGAAUAGUAUAACACGAUUCAAUAAGUACGAUCCGUGAAGUGUCAAGGACAUUCACACUAGUCCAACGUAUACGGAGAAAUCCAUCAUUCCAACGCAUAGCUGUUGAGAUUGGUAUUUUAUUGAAUAAAGGUUUUGUAUAUUUAACAUUUGUUUCUACUGUACAUGAAUUAUAAAACAAAUAGUUUUAUAUUUCAUGUACUGUAGAAACGAACAAAUAUUAGAAGAUCUAUUAAUUGAAGCAUAUAGCUAUUUCAGUUUUGAUUAGUAUAUUAUUUUAUUAUAAAGAUGGAUAGAAAACACAAAAAUUAUUCUUUUCUUUCUAAACGGCAUUUCCGAAGAAUUAUUGCCAAUAACACUGCUUCAGAUUUAUUAAAUCUUUCCAAUAAUGAAUAUCUUGAAUUGAGAGACGAAUUAGUACAAUCUGAUACUAGUGAAGAUUUAGAGCUAUUAGAAAACGAAUUUGUCAAUAGAAAUGAUGAACUUGUAGACAAUUUAAAUGAAAGUGACACGGUUGACGAUAAUGAAUCAAAUAAUGAAGAGGGAGAAAUGCAUAGAAAUGAUAGUAACAAUAGUAGUGAAAGUGAUACAAAUGCAAGUGAAUUAACUAAAUCAGUAGUACAUUAUAUAAAUGUUGAGCCUGGCGAUAAAACUGAUAAUCAAAAUGAUCAAUUUAUUAAGGAUAUAGCUUCUUGGGCAAUUAUGUUUAACAUUUUCUACGUUGCUAUCAGGGCACUUUUGAUUAUAUUACGUAAAUAUACGCGACAUUCGUUUCCAAAAGAUCCUCGAACAUUACUCUCAACUCCAAGGCACACAGCAAUUAUUGAAAUGGGCGUUGGACAAUAUUGCCAUUUCGGUUUACAAAAUGCAUUAAAAAAAAUGUUAGAUGAAUAUAAUACAGUUUUAGGCCGAAUACCUGCUAGUCUGGAUAUUUUUAUAAACAUUGAUGGUUUACCGAUUUCCAAAUCAAGCAAUGCGACUUUAUGGCCCAUUUUAUGUUCAGAUACAGUUUUAAAAUCAGUUUUCAUUGUGGGAGCAUACUAUGGUCAAAGAAAACCGCAGUGUAACAAUGAGUUUUUAACACAAUUUGUUGACGAAGCAAUUUUAUUAAUUAAUACAGGACUCUUUUAUAAUGAAAUUCAAGUACAAAUUAAUUUUCUUGGAUUAAUUUGUGAUGCUCCAGCAAAAGCUUUUAUUUUAUCAAUAAAAUAUCAUACCGGUUACAAUAGUUGUUCGCGAUGUACUAUUACAGGUGAAUUUUUAGAUGGACGUUUAUGUUUUCCAGCGACAAAAAUAAUUGAUGCUUUAAGAACUGAUGAAGAUUUUGCUAAUAAUAAAUACGACGAUUUUCAAAUUGGUGAGACGAUUUUAAAGCAAAUUCCUAAUUUUGGAUUAGUUUCUAGCGUUGUAAUUGAUUACAUGCACCUUAUAUGUUUAGGAAUAAUGAAAAAAUUGAUAUUACUUUGGAUUAAAGGUCCGCGUACUGUAAAAUUAUCUCAACAGUUAUUAAAUCAGAUUUCAGGAGCUUUAUUAAAUUUGCAAAGUUGUGUACCAAAUGAUUUUGUUCGACGCCCACGAUCACUAAAAGAUGUAAAAUUAUGGAAAGCAACGGAAUUUCGUCAGUUUCUUCUUUACACGGGUCCAGUUGUGCUACAGGAUAUAUUAAGAAAAGAUGUGUAUAUCAAUUUUAUAACAUUACAUAUUGCUGUAACAAUUCUUGCUAGUCCUAAUCUUUCGAAAGAUAAUAAUAAUAUUACAUGGGCCCAAAUGUUAAUAGAGUAUUUUUUAAAAUGUUUCAAAAAAAUUUACGGAGUUAAAUUUAUGUCUCAUAAUUUCCAUACUUUGUUACAUAUUUGUUCUGAUGUGCGGAAGUAUGGACCCAUUGACGAGUUUAGUGCUUUCAGAUUUGAAAAUUACAUGUCAAAUAUAAAAAAAAUGAUUCGAAAAAAUGAGAAACCUCUUCAACAAUUAUCACGAAGAUAUUCCGAACUCAAUAACUUUAAUAUGCUUAGUAAGAAACAAAAAAACAGUAAUGAAAUUUGUUUUGAAAAAAUUCACUCAAACGGACCUUUAAUUGAUGGUUACAACUUUGCUUUUCAGUAUAAAAUAUUACGAACUAAAACAUAUACGAUCCAUUCCAAUAGCACAAGUAAUAAUUGUAUUUCAUUUGAAAAUGGAACUGUAAUAUCAGUUUUAAAUUUAGUCAAAUGUAAUGAUAAUACAAAAUUUAUAAUAGGCAGGAAGCUUAAAGUAGUAAAAAAUUUGUAUUCUGAACCUAUCUAUCCUUGCGCAUCAGAAGAGUUGGGUAUACAAGUUAUGCGCGAAGACACUGCUGUAUGCCUUUGGCCGUGCGAGAAUGUUCGAAAUAAAAUGUGGAAAAUGCCGUACGAUCAUAAUCAGUUUGUUGUUUUCCCAGUAAUACAUACUUAAAAACGGUCGAUAAUAGUUCAUAUAAAUUUCAAAAUAAUCACGAGAGUAUUUUCAAUUUGAUAAACAAAAUAUAUAAUAAUACAUUGAACAAAAAUGAUUAUAAUGAUUUUUGCAUAAUUAGAUUAUUUUAUGAAAAAUAUUCAGUUUAUUGUCGCGCAAUAGUAUAUAAUGUAUUCAACUUUUUUUAUAUAUUAUAUAUAAACUUUAGCAAUGCUUUUAGGCAGGAUAUGAAGAGUUUUCAUUAAAUUUAAUUAAAUAAAGUAUUACAUAUAUACUGCGUAUGUGUGUAUGUGUAGAUGCGUGCGUGUGUAUGUAUGUAUGUAUACACACACACACACACACACACACACACACACACACACACACACACACACACACUCACACACGUGCGUAUGUAUGUACGCAUAUGUGUCUGUAAUUGUCAUUGACUUACAUUUUCUGUAAAGAAUAAUAUUUUUAUUAUUAUAUUAUUAAUGUUUAAAUUAUUUGUAUUUAUUUAUCAAUUUAUCGCAAGUCGGUUAUUUGUCAAUUUUUUACGAGUUUUUUUUAUUUAUAUAAAUUUAAAUAUUUUUAAUAUAUAUAUAUAUAUGUGUUAUUUUUAAGUUUAAUAUGUAUAUGUUCUGUAUAUGUUUUAUAUGUAUGGGAUAUUUUUCAUACUAAUUAUAAAAAAAGUAGUUGUAUUUAAAGUAUACUUGUUUAUGGUCGUGUUUUGACUUUAUACUCAGACAAACACAUAUGUUUAAAAUUAGGACACAAAAGAUCUUUGUUAAAGGUAUUUUAAGUUCCAAUAGAGUAGACUGCACUACAGUUUUUGUGUUGCAGAAUAUAAUAAGUGAAAAGAAAUGAAUCGAUUUUCUGUCGUCGAAUUCGAAGAUGGACUGCAUUUAGUCCCUACCAAGUGGUUAAAAGGAUCAUCAGAAUGCUUCUGGCCAACGCAUAAAAACAUAAAAAGACUUCAUAAAAAUAUUUCUGAGUGCGAAGAACCAGAUGAUGAAACUUGGGAAACCGUGAAAGUUGUCCGUAUUUUUGGAACAGCAAAUUCAUAUGAAAGUGGGAUGGCAAAAGUAAAGUUGGCUGAGAAGUUUUCGGACAUCGAAUCUUCUGACGUCGAUGAUGCUCAUAAAAAAAAACGUCGUAAAACGACAACAACUAGCGUUUCUGACGAAAGCGAUAAUGAUAGUCAACAUAUGUUACCUCCCCCGCCAAAGAAACCAUUUUCGAAAACGUCCAUGAAUUCCAAAAAUGAUAAUGUACCAAUGGAGGAUUCACCUUUAGAAAAUGCUGCUAAAAAAAAACACAUUAAUGAUAAUACAUCUGUGCAGAAUGUUUCAAAAAAGUCUUUCACUGAAACAAAUGUGUCAAAAGACAAUAAUGCAAUACUUUUGGCAGAUAUCGAUUUAAAAAAGGAAUUACUACGUAGAUGUAAUAAAAUGGAUGCUAAGUUAGAUCGCAUUGAUGGGAAAUUGAAUAGUCUUGAAGAAAAACUGGAAAAUAGUCUUAAAAAUAAGAAGCAUGAUAUUGACAUAACAGAAAUUGUAUCCUUUCCUUUAAAAACGAAAGAAGAUCUGGACAAGUUAGAACUAGACCUUCAAGAAGCAGACUUUUUCAAAAACAUGAUAAUUUAUAUGAAACACUUAGGUGGCAAAACUUAUCAUGAAAUGACGGUUAUUAUUUUAAAACAUACCAUUAGUAAUUUUCUUUCCACCCUGUACUGUUGGAAUGGAAAAGAUGGAAAAAAGACAGCAUUUAAAGAUUUAAUAUUCGCCAAAUGCAUAAAACAAUGUGUCAUUUCAAAAUUUGAAACUGCAGAUGACCAACAAAUUACGCAAAUUAUAGCAAAAUGGUUUAUACAAGGAAAAUUGCGAUGUGACAGAGAUGAGGAACGAUUGCAACGUAAUCAAAAAAAAUCACAAGAUUAAACUUGUUAUAAGUUUGGACCGCUUUUGUUUAAUUUUAUAUUUACAUGCAUGCAUAACUUACAGAAAUUUUGUAAACGUUUUUCUCAAUAACUUUUAAUUUAGAAAAAAGUUGAUGUAUUAUUUUAUGUUUCAAGUGUUUUACGUUUUCAAUAUUAUAUUAUUUUAAGUUGUACAUAUAAUAUAUAUGUAUAUAUACAUAUAUAGAAUUUAAGCUUUUUAUAAUAAAUACAUAGAAAUAAUUUAAAUAAAAAUUCACUUUUGUUAUUAACAUUACUUUUAAAAUGCAAAAUUUCUCUAAAUUGAAUUUUACACUCCUAUCCACACUUCGCUCAUUGCGGAGAAAAAUAAUUUAUUCAAUUAUUGCAUUAUUUCCUGACAAACAGCUCUGAAAGGUUUCAAGUGAAAGAAUCGCGGACAUUUUGCUAUUGCAGAGCUGUCUCAGAGAUGUUGCAUAAACAUUU